CCCGUUGGAGGCCCGGGUACCGCCGGGCAGGCGCGGAACGGCUUUGGUGGCGCUGCACUUGCAGCGAAGAGGCCCGGGAGGCUAAGCAUCGCCGCUGCGCUUUCCCGACAGCGACCCUGCGGCCGCGUCAUCGGCGGAGCGUCGAGCGGAGGCUGCUGAGAGUCGGUCUGUUUUGGUGGGAGGCAGCGGCGAAGACAAGAGAAGGGAGAGAUGGUCCGCUUCGGCCCCGACUGAGUGGCGUCCCUCGGGCGCGAAAAAAAUGAGUGGAGGAUUAGCUCCAAGCAAAAGCACAGUUUAUGUAUCUAAUUUGCCCUUCUCAUUGACAAACAAUGACUUGUACAGAAUUUUUUCAAAAUAUGGCAAAGUAGUUAAAGUUACAAUUAUGAAAGACAAAGACACACGAAGGAGUAAAGGAGUUGCAUUUAUUUUGUUCUUGGAUAAAGAGUCAGCACAGAACUGUUCUCGGGCACUUAAUAAUAAACAACUAUUUGGAAGAGUAAUAAAAGCAAGUAUCGCUAUUGAUAAUGGAAGAGCUGCAGAAUUCAUCCGAAGGAGAAAUUAUUAUGACAAGUCAAAGUGCUAUGAAUGUGGAGAAACAGGACAUUUAAGUUAUGCAUGUCCUAAGAACAUGCUAGGAGAACGUGAACCACCCAAAAAGAAAGAAAAAAAGAAAAGGAAGAAAGUAAUUGAACCAGAAGAAGAAAUAGAAGAAGAAGAAGAAGAAGAAACUGAAGCUGAGGGGGAAGAUCCUGCUCUUGAUAGUCUCAGUCAAGCUAUAGCUUUCCAGCAAGCCAAAAUUGAAGAAGAGCAGGAAAAAUCAACCCAAAAUGCAGGGGAGCCCUCCACAUCUGAUUCAAGACGGCCACGCAUCAAAAAAAGUGCAUAUUUUAGUGAUGAGGAAGAACUUAGUGACUGAUGUAAAUAUUAUGUAAAUAUAUUUUAUGAAAUAGGAUUACUCUUGUUAACCAUGAUCUCUCUACCCUUGUAAUUAAAAUGUAACUUGAAAGCACCAAA